UAACAGCAACAAUCAUGCCCCCCCACGCCACCCAAUCCUGCCUCCGCUGCAGAAUCCAGAAGCGGAAAUGCGAUAAACUCUUCCCCACCUGUUCCCUGUGUCAACGGUUAAAUAAACCCUGUUCUCAUCCGGCGCAUCCGGAGACACCGCGUUUGCUCCCCAUGCCGGGGUUGUUGGACUUGACGUCAUCUAAUUUACGGUUUACGCUUGAGGCACAGGUAUUCUCGGUUGUGGGGGAUGGAUUGAGGUUACGGGAGGCAGCGGGGGUGUUUUUUGGGACGGUGAAUACGUGGAUGCCGGUCGUGGAGGAGGGGGGGUAUUAUGCGCGGCUGUCGAGAUUCCGAAUUGAGCCCGCGCCAGCGGACUUUAGUCUCUUGACUCUUUGUAUAUUCCUCGUCUGCGCGAUGCCAGUGGGUGGCGAGAUGACAUUGGAGACACGAGGUUUGUAUAUUCUAAUUAAGGGCUGGGUAGGUAUGCUCGAGGCGAUGGGGACGAACACUCUAGCGAUGCUACAGAGUCGGUUACUGCUGACGACCUUCGAAAUCGGACAUGCGAUGUACCCAGCAGCGUAUAUAUCGGCUGGGGCUAAUAUCCAGGCGGCGGUCGCUCUGGGGGCAAGUGCUGUGUCGUCGGCGGAUUUAUCCAAAGCUUUUCCGGAUCCCCGGAUAGCUGAGGAGGCAAGGCAGACCUGGCGGGGUAUUGUUAUCACUAAUAGAUAUGCAUCCCUCGAGAGUAACGCCAGACAUACUGCAUCCCUGGGGCGAUUGAUAGAAGGGAUGUGCGGCAAUAAUAGCUCUGAAGAUUUAACGCAGAUGAACCCAUUCACCAAGAUGACCUACUCAUCACUCCUAUUAGAUCAAGUACUCUCUCACAUCCACGAGCGUACAUCGCAACAGGAGUUCAAGAGAGUCGAGGCAAUGCAGAUCCUACACUCGUUAACCUCGUUUCUAGCAUCCUUCGAGGGUGAAGAUAACGCCCUGAAAACUCUUUCGGAUAGCUCCCUGGCUAUAGGCAGAAGCGCUAUGCUGGAAGUCCUAGAAUUUGGAUCUAAGGUUGAGCCACAAGACAAUGAGUACUGUGUCCAGGCGUCACUUAAUAUUUUGACGUCCCUGACGCAUGAGAUCGCGCAUGGUGCAAGGGGUGUGAAAACUGACUCGGCGGGAUUGGCGGCUCUGCCUGUUUUUAUUACGCAUUGCGUAUAUAAAGCCGCCAUGAUCUGUCUCCACGAUGCAAAGGUUUCGAGAGAUAGCAACCUAAAGCUGCGGAUACAGCCACUAAAAGAUUUACUGGGGUAUAUUGGCUUAAGGUGGGGUGCUGGAAAGUAUUAUGUCGAGAAGAUUGAACAAGAACAGAACAAAAUUAAGUUAUAA